UGUGACAUGUUCGACAUAAGCACCAUUAAAGGAAUACCCCUCCAUCCUUUCACCUUUCUUGGUUUCUCCGCUGUCAUUUUCCCUCUUUUCUACCAUUUUCGCUCCAUUCAAACUCCCUUUCUCCUUAUCUACUCCUCUUUUUGCAACAGAUUUUACCCUUCUUUGCUUGAGCAGUGAGCAACAACAACCAAUUCUUACUAUAUAAGGCUGGUUCCAGAUGAUUUGGGUCACCAAAUAAAUUUCUAUCCCGCCAGCAAUUGCCUGAGCAGUGAGCAGUGAGCAGUGGCAGUGAGCAGGAACAGUGCACUGCAGUAGUCCUACCUCUCCCUCCCCUGUGGCAAACCUAAAGUAAAGAAGAUCAGAGAUAAAAUUUAUGUUUGAAUUUCUCUGGAAGCCUCUUCUUCAAUCUUUGUGAAAGUAAAAUCGAGAUUUUAAACGAGUUUACCAUAAAAUUGCAAUUUUACGAUUUUAUGGAAAUCCGAUUUUAAUACUGAUUUUACUUAAAAUACGUACCUAAAAUCAUAAAAUUGUAUGAUUUUAUGAUUUAAAAUGCGAUUUUGACAACCAUGACUUAUGUGACUAAUGAGGUGGGAGGAAAAAAAGUGUUGACAUGGUGUGCAGUGAUUGGGAUAUCGCUAACGUGGUAUCCCCAAUACUGCAGAUUUUCUUAAAUGAUGGGGAGAGUAUGCCUGCCAGUGCCAUUUUUAGCAGAUGCAGUCUUUAGCAAAUUAUGGUUCUCACUUAAUCACGCAUAAAUAGGAUUGGAAUCAUGUUUUUGUGAAUGGUAUUUAAAGCAGAGAACAAGAAACCUACCAGUACAUU